ACUGGAGAGAAACCGUAUAUAUGUAAGGAAUGUGGGAAGUCCUUUGCUGUAUCCUCAAACCUUAGUGUACAUAGGAGAAUUCACACUGUAGAGAAACCGUAUAUAUGUAAGGAAUGUGGGAAGUCCUUUGCUGAAGCCUCAAGCCUUCGUGUACAUAGGAGAAUUCACACUGGAGAGAAACCGUAUAUAUGUAAGGAAUGUGGGAAGGCCUUUGCUAGAGCCUCAAAACUUACUGUACAUAGGAGAAUUCACACUGGAGAGAAACCAUAUAUAUGUAAGGAAUGUGGAAAGUCCUUUGCUGAAUCCUCAAAGCUUAGUAUACAUAGGAGAAUUCACACUGGAGAGAAACCGUAUAUAUGUAAGGAAUGUGGGAAGGCCUUUGCUCAAUCCUCAAGCCUUACUAUACAUAGGAGAAUUCACACUGGAGAGAAACCGUAUAUAUGUAAGGAAUGUGGGAAGGCCUUUGCUCAAUCCUCAAGCCUUGCUAGACAUAGGAGAAUUCACACUGGA